AUCCGUUUCGCCCCUUCACUACAGACUCGCUACGACAAACAAUCCAAUUUUGGAUUCGUUCGUCCUCCAUAAUCGAAUCUCAAUUCUUUGAAGUCCUUUCCAUGGCGAUUUCCAUUUCAAGAUAAAACCAGACGAAGAGCAGCGCUCUCUCUGUUCAUGCCGGAAGAAUGUUGUGCAAUAAAAGGAGGAAAACAACGACGGCGGCCAGUCCCGGCGCCGGAAUUUCUGAUCUCUUCGACGGUUUGCCGGACGAUCUAGUCGUCGUCGUCCUCGGCAAGCUUACCUCCACCGCUUCUUCUCCUUCCGACCUCGUCAACGUUAUGAUAACUUGUAGAAGGUUCAAUCGCUUGGCUCUGCAUCCGCUGGUGCUUUCGAAAGCUGGACCUAAAGCAUUUGAUUUCAGAAUCGAAUAUUGGUCCGAAUCGACUCAUAGAUUUCUCAGACAGUGCGUCGUCGCCGGGAGCGUCGAAGCCUGCUACACUCUCGGAAUGAUCGAGUUUUAUUGUUUGAAGAACAGAGGAAGUGGAGCUUCGCUAAUGGCGAAGGCCGCGAUUAAAUCUCAUCCGUUGGCGCUUUACUCGCUCGCCAUCGUACAAUUUAACGGAAGCGGUGGCUCAAAGAGCGACAAGAAUCUUCGUGCCGGCGUGGCUCUGUGCGGGCGAGCCGCUUAUCUCGGCCAUAUCGACGCGCUUCGUGAGCUCGGCCACUGCCUUCAAGACGGUUACGGCGUGGCCCAAAACGCAGCCGAGGGGCGUCGUCUCCUAAUCGAAGCCAACGCGCGUGAACUCGCGUCCAUUUCAAACUCUUCCAUCCGGCGACCUACCUGCGCCGGAGACCACCCAUCCGCGUCCGGCUGUAACAUUCCGGCGCCGGAGGCACACCCGGCGAACCAAUUUUUAAGGGAUUGGUUCGCGUCGGGCCGUGGGGUCGUCGCUCAGGGGCUAAGGCUCUGUUCGAACGGUGGUUGUGGAAGACCCGAGACUCGGCUCCAUGAAUUCCGGCGGUGUUCCGUCUGCGGUAACGUAAACUAUUGCUCUCGAGGGUGUCAAGCUCUGGACUGGAAACUGCGGCACAAGACCGAAUGUGCGCCGUUCGAUCGGUGGCUGAUCGAGGACGACGAUCUGGAGGCCGAUGACGGCGGCGAAAACAGAAUAGAGCAGUUCGGAGAUGGUGAGAAUGUGGAAUCUGAAUGAUAUUUGAUGAUUGAAAGCCAACCUUUCUUUUGCUUGACAUCAAUUUAUUCAUUAUUUUUAUCAAAAAUUUUUCUUUUUGGUAAUUUCUCGAACAUAAAAUUGGAAUCUCGAGGUUUUUUUUUUUGUCUGUACAGUGUUUUUUGUUUUCUA